AUGCAUGUCGGCGGUGUGCAGGGGGGCCCAUUUUUCGGGGUGCCCUUUGUGCCUAUGGACCCUCCGCAGCUCAUGCUCCCACCACCUGAGGGGCGCGCCGGUAUGCGCGGGCCAAUGGGAAUGGCACCGCCGUUAAUGGUCCCCCCACUCGGCAUGGAGAGAUUGGCAAGGCACAAGCGUGACAACGAACCAGAGGAAUUUGCUAUGAGCUCAACCCAUCUUGACCCGGAAGACAUACUGACGGGAGAGCGGGCUAGGGGGAUUCAGCGCUCUCGGGUGACUCAAUCUUCUUCACGAAAUGACCUGAUGCUCGACGACGAGCAAGAGGAUAUCGGGGCAGAUCAGAACUCGAAGUUUUACAAGGGUGCGGAGGAUGGAGAGACCGCAGUCUGA